AUGUUUAGAGAUACACAACAGCAACAACAACAAAGAGGAGAAGAUGAAUUUGUAAACAUGAUAGAACCAACCAAAAUUGAUAGUACAAUGGUUAAUGGAACAUAUAUAAUGGAUGAAUUGGAUGAAGAGUUGGAUCAGUUGUUUGUAGAGAUUAGUGAUUUGUAUGAUAGUCAUUUCCCAGAGCUGGUUACAUUAUUGGUUGAUCAAUUACAAUACUGUCAAGUGAUUGAAAGGAUGGGCGAUCGAUGUAAUGCCAAUCAAUGUGAUCUCACCUUUUUGAUACCUAACCACCUUCAAAAUGAUAUUCUUCAAUCUGCUCAACUCUCUAAUGGAACCUCCAUCACUCUAGAAAACUUGAUCAAGUGUCAACAACUAUGCACACAAUACCUAUCCAUCAAUACCUAUCGUUUACAAUUAACUGAUUAUCUAAUCAAUAAAUUAAUCAUUCAAUAA